AAUUGCAAAUUUUCCUACGCGCGCUUUAGUCGAGUUUGGGUCGUGGCACCAACUGGCAGAAGAAAGCGAGAGUUUCCCGCCGAUUUUUGAAAUUGCGUUCAGAAUGAGUAUCGAGUACCGCGCGGUGGAUCCCAUCCUAGGCAACCGGUUGGACGCGUUCUUCGGCAAGAAGGACUCGCUGGUGGAGGUCAAUCCGGGUCGGGUUAUGAUGCCCAGCCGGUUUCGGGACAUUGGGGAGGACAUUCUCGAGUUGGCGAUACGCCCGGAUGACGUGUGGGUGCUGUCGUAUCCGAGAACGGGAUCGACCUGGGCGCAGGAGAUGAUCUGGCUGCUGGGGAACAAGCUGGACUACGAGAGUGCCCGCCAAAACGUCCAGCAGGUGCGGACGCCGCUGCUCGAGCUGUCGGCCAUCUUCUCGGAGGACCAGAGCGUGCAGGACUUUGUGACGGAACACAAGAAGGUCACCUCGGUCACGUGCGUUCACAACCUGCCGAGUCCGCGGUACGUCAAGUGUCACCUUCCGUGGCAGCUGCUUCCGAAGCAGAUGGACACGGUGCGUCCGAAGAUGGUCUACAUCGCGCGCAAUCCGAAAGAUCUUGCCGUUUCGUACUACUACUACUGUCAGUUGAUUCACCAGACGGACGGAAGCUUCGAGGAGUUUUGCGACAUCUUUCUGGACGAUUGCGCGCCCAUCGGACCGAUGUGGGCCCACAUGUUGUCCUUCUGGAAGCGCCGUAACCAACCGAACGUGCUGUUCCUCAAGUACGAAGACAUGAAGCGUAAAUUGCCCCAGGUGGUCCGUGAAGUGGCCGAGUUUAUGGACAUCGAACGCGAGCUGAGCGACGCCGAAGUGGAUCGACUCUGCGAUCAUCUACAGUUUGACAAGAUGCAGAAAAACCCGGCCGUCAACAUGGAACCGCUGAUGAAGAACUCCGCUAAUAUCAACGACAAGGCCAGUGUCAAGUUCAUUCGGAAGGGUGAGAUCGGCGACUGGAAGAACUACAUGAGCGAUGAGCUGUCCGAGCGGUUCGACGCCUGGAUUGGGAAGCACUUUGACAGCACUGGGCUGGAGUUUGUGUACGAGUGAUGUAAUUGCAGUGUACUUUCUUGUUAAAUUUGUUGUUGUUUAUUGUUAAGGCAGAAAUAAAAAAAAAGUGGUUCAGUGGAGAAGGAA